UGACAGACUGUCGUGCUGGCCAGUUGAUACGAAGCUUCACAAUCUUUGACAGAGAGAUUUGUUCAGUUGCCAACAUGAAGUGGUACGCUUUCUUCGUCGUUGCUUUCGUCGUCACCCGGGCUGCUGACGCAGACCCCCUUCGUGAAAAACUUGUUGAAACUUUCUUUCCUCACUUGGAUCCAGUUCAAUUAGAUGAUCCGUUCGUUUUUAAUAUAAUCGAAGAGCAACUCACGCUUCAAGGGUCAGUAGACAGCGUGGUUAUCAAUGGAUUAUCGAAAUAUACCGUUAAUCGUUGGUUUGUCGACGCUGAAAAGUCGAAAAUCGAUUUCGAUAUAAGCCUUGCACAGUUAUCGUCCACCGGUCGCUACAAUAUUGACGGGAUUUUGAUAAAGUUUUUCCCUCUUCACGGCUCCGGAAAUUUCAAGGCUGACCUUAGAGAUAUCCGUAUUACUGGAUCAAUUGAAAUCGAGAAAGAUAACAAGAACGGAGUUUCCUUCAAAGCAAUUAAGUUUGACACCCAUUUUGAAGAAUUUACGAUACAGUUAGAUAAUACGGGCAAUGAAUCGGAUGACACAAUCAACGAAAUCCUGAGCGUAGUACUCGUCGAUCUCUUCUACCAAUAUGAGAAGGAAUACAAAGCCUUGGCGUCCGAAUCUAUUAAAGAAAGCAUCAACCAACACUUGGCGACUAACAAAAUUUUCCGCGACUUCAUCUUAGGAUAUCUUACUCCAGUAAAACAAAGCAGCAAAGGUAAAUCGAGUUCUCGUGCUCGUGUUCCUAUUGAUCUUCCAGUGGAUCAGAUCUUGGCAAGCGUUCGAAAUAAUGCCACCGUGGGUGGAUGGGAUCCUAUUCGACUUCCUUCUGAUUCGGAUGAGUUUAGUGUCACAUUAUUUAGAAAUUUCACAAUCAAUGGACAAGUUUCAAUUAGCAACGCCCGUAUCGGAGGAUUCUCUACCGUACACCGAACAGGACCAUGCACAAUUGAUUUACGUCCAGCCCAAAACGAAGCGGAAGUGGUGGUAUAUGUCGGUGGUAACGACAUUGAACUGGGCGUGGAUAUCAUGUGGGGUGUUGGCAUUUUCAAGACAAACCUUCAAAUCGAAAUGAUCGUCCGACACGUUGAUUUAAUGGUCGGCAUCAUUUACGGUACCGAAACUCUCGAUGUAACUCUGUCACAAUUCCUUCUCAACGAAAUCGGGACUGUCAAGAUUACCAUUGGAGGAAUUCCUGGCGGUGGCAGCGACAUCAUUUCAAAUCGGUUGACUCUAGUUUCCAAUUUAGUCAAGGAUUCGCUCAUCUACGCCUUUCAAGAGGCCCUUAAACCUUCUGUCGAAAAGUUAAUCAGCGGACCGGCCUUCCAAAGUUUUUUGGCCGAGGAAUUAUUAGCAGUUGAAUGAAAUUUCGUUUAUAAAAAGACGCACUUGACUACUGUUUACGCCCCCAAAAUUUUCAAAUGAAACAAAUUCCCUGCAUCAUUCAUGCGUGUUAUAGAAUGCGCGUGCGCUGAUGAAUAAUUUCCUCUAAAAUAAAUACAGAGAAGCCAUUGAAA